CCUACUUCCAUGUGUAAUUGUAAUGAUUGUUUUGAUUACGAUACUUUACUUAGUAAUGAAUUAAGUGAGCAAACAAAUGAAAGUGAGUUCAACACAAUUUCUUAAAAAAGGAUAAUAAAUUGUAGUAUUUUAAUCAUAAUUAGGCCUAAAACAAAUGUGCGCAUUUGCUGUACGGUGUUUUAUAGUUUCUAGUCGGCACCAAAACGUAUAAUUAUGAUCGGGCGUAUGAUGAAUCUGAUUAUUAUUAUAGUAAAGUAUAGUAUACUAGUUAUUAGUUAUAAGUUAUAGUUGUCAAGUUGAUGAUUUAGGCCAACAAUGACUUAAAUAUAACCUAUUAUAUAAGAAUAUUAUUAAUUAUAAAUAUUAUACUAAUGACAAAGCCUUAAAUAAUCAUAUCAAUGGUUAAUAAAAUAUCAAAUUGUGAAUAAACUUGGGAUCAGAUUCCAACUCCAAGCAAGUGACCAACAAGCAAAUCUCAUUCUCAUCUCAUUAUUAUUUGUAAAUUAUUAAUAUUAUUAUUGUUCUCAUUGAAUGAGUCAUUCAAUUCAUGUUCAUUCAUUAAAUUCAGACCUCAGGACUAGUUGUGGUUGCUUUGUUUUUGUUGUUGUUUUUUGGUUUUUGGUUUUUUUUGUAGUAGGCCUACUAUUACUAUUGACUAUUGCUUUACUUUAAUUAAAAUGAAUUAUGUAACGUAAGUGAUCUGAUAGUGAUCAGUGAUAGUCAAUAAUAAUUUAGUAACUUAUUUUAAUUUUAGUAUUUUACACUUUUUUUUAGUGUUUAGGCUUAGGUUGGAGGUACAAAAUCAAAUACUAAAUAAUUAUAAUUAUGGUAUUAAUAUUAAUAUUUUAUUAUAUAUCAUUAGUUAUGUCAGUUAUGUAGAUAUGAUUUAAUUAGGCCUAUGACUAUACUUUGACAAUGAUUUCUACGAUGAAAUGUAUAGUAUGAAUUAAAUUAUGGCAUACCAUGGCUUUAAAAAAAAUUAUAAAAAAUGAGAUGAGGCCUAUCCAUAAUUCAUCUAACUAUAUUUACUAAGUAAUUAAUGUACUAUGUCAUGUCUUCUCUUAGCUAAGCCAUGGUUUUUCACUCUAAUUUUUGUAUUCUUUUGUUGUAGAAAGAAGAGAAGUAUUAGGGUUGAAAUUUUAAAUACCAGGAUGAGUAUGACUUUUUUACUUUAGAUAACAUAAUGAGGUUUGAGCCAGGGCAUGGUCAUGGUAUGAAUUUUAAAAUUAGAGGCCUUCUUAAGUUAUAAGUUUAUGAUAAUAUGGAAGGGUGAUCUUGUCAGUCUUUCAUUACCAUUUUAGAUAUGUGUGUUCUUUCCAUUUCAAGUCAUUUAGAUGCAUUUCUAUUGUUGUUUUUGGUUCAUAACAGAUGUCACGCAUAACGAAGUGGUUAUGCGCAGCCGACUGCAUAUAACCCUGAGAGUUAAACGCAGUCGGCAAGUCACGUGAGGUCUAUAUUCUUCCUGUGUUACAGUAUCGAUUGAUAAAGGUGCUACGUUAUCAGGGUGACUGGGUGGUCGAAUGGUAUAAACUAUAAACUGAGCAAACCUCAAGUUGGUGGACUUGUGUUCAAUUCCAGCCAAAGGCCAGCCAUGAAUGAAUACGUGUUAGUUGUUAUGUUUGUUCUCGAGAAUGAAGCAAAACAGCUAGGCUUGUUGUUUUAUUUUGUUUUGGCUAAAAAAUGUUAAAACAUGAUAAGAAUUAUUAACUUGACCAAUGUAAUGUUUAUAAUGUUAUUCUUAUAAUUAUCAAAUAUAUAUUUUGUGUUGUGAACUAAUUUUGUGGCAGAUAAAAUAAUGUUUCUCUGCUACAGUAAUUAUAAUCAGGGGUGGAGAGUAGCAAUAAAAAAUAGCUGUAGGGGCAGGGGGUUCUGUAGAGGGGGCACUGUAAGUAAUACUUUCACACAGUUAUAGUUUUGCAUGGAAGCUGAAAACUGUUACAUUUAGGUCGCCAAAAAAAAAAAAGUCAUAAAUGAUAUAAUUUUUUAAAAAAAUAAAUAGAAUGUGUUUCCUGAAUUAGUCAGUAAUACCAACCACAUGGUCAUAGCAACAUAUAAAAACCUAAUCAAUCAGAAUACAGAACUUGACUUAGACCAUGGAAAUGCCUUUUAAAAAAUCAUCUGCUUAGGCUUAGACUCUAAGAAAUGUAGACUUUGAUUUAGACUUAUAAUUAUAAUAUAUAAGAUACAAGCAAUAAUACUAAUAAUAGCACUAAUACUAAUGCUAUUACUAUCAUUCAAUAUUAAUUAAAAUUAAUUCAAAUAAAAUUUUACGUUAAACACAUUAAAAGUUAUAGUUCAAAACAACCCAUCAUGCAGCUAAUUACGCAUAAUACUUUUUUUAAAUUGCCAAACUAGCGAUAAUAAACCUUAUUUGGCUAAAUUCCCAGCCGACUGCGUAUAACCCUGAGAGUUAUACGCAGUCGGCUGGGAAUAACCCUCAGGGUUAUGCGCAGCCGACUGCAUAUAACGCUCAGGGUUAUACGCAUCUGACUGCGUAUAACGCUUCCCCACGCAUAAGGGAGCCGGAGGUUUUAAACAUGUGGUGAGAGGUGUCUAAAUUUUGUUGCAAACUUUUUACAAUUGCUGAGUGGGUUAAAAAAAACAAUCAAAACAGUGUGACAUCAUUCAUGGAUGGCUCCCUGUUAACCCUUAUGGCCAUUGUUAGUAAAUGUUAUAAAAUAUAAUUAGAGCCUUUUACAAUUUCAAUAUAUUUUUAUAAAGUUUAUCGUCAUGCGCAAUCAUUUUGGAAACAGAAUAGAUGUAAAAGCAAAAUCAGAUGAAAACUUAUUGGCUUUUGAGGUGCAAAUAAAUUGUUAACUUGCUAAUUAAUCAUGCCUUGUGUAGUCUAGUAAUUGGACAGAUAUAUAUUAGGUGUAUGACAACCCAACCAUAGUGUCUGCACUACAGGGGCUUAAGAAGGGUGUGCAGAGGCAGUGGCGUAGCUAAGGUUUGUAGUGUAGGCAAUGGUGUAGCUGAGUUUCGUGCCACCAGGGUGAUAUAUAUAUGAUAUGUAUAUAAUAAAGUAUAUUUUUCUGUUUAACAUCUUAAAUUGCAAUUGAAAACAAAGAUCUAAUUAUAAAAUUAUGUUUAGGAUGAAAAACAAUCAACUUCUAAGAAAUGAAACCCAAACCAUGAUCAAGAUUAAUGUUUUCACUAAAUCUAUAACAAUAUAUUUACAAUACAGUAACUGAUGUCUGCUUUUCAAAUUGUGGCUCAAAGAUUAACUAACUAGCCUUUAUUUUCUUAACCCCCAAAUUGAAUGCACCCACCUCAUUGUUAAAACGCAUUAAAUGCAGUAUGAUUAAUAUAUAUAUUUUUUUAAAAAACAAUUAUUAAGGAAAAUAGACAUAUUUAUUCUGCAGCCACAGGUUGUCAUCCACUGGCCUAGGAAUAUUCAAAUCAAAGUUUACUAAAAGAUCACAUAACCAAGUGCUCCAUAGGAUCUCUACAACAUGUUUCCCAAUUAAAGCUGUCAAGAAAUUCUAAAAAUUUACAAGGCCUAAUACAAUUGAUAAGUUUUAUCACACUCAACUAAGCCUGUUACACUCUACCAAGUAACUUAAUUUUAAAUAUUAAUAGUAGUAUAUUAAAUAGGUCCAGUCUUCAACUCUCAGCUGAAGUUGAAGAAAUAAUAUUAAUAGUAAUUCUUUGUGUUAUUAUUUCAGUUGUUGCUGUUUUUUUUUUCUUCUUAAAGUAGCAAUUUUUAAAAAUUAUUUUUAAAAAUUCACUUGGUAGAGUUUUUAUGUUAUUUUCCCUGUAAUUAGUGGAAUAAUUUAAUUAUUAAGAACUUAAAUAUAUAUAAAUAUAGCAAGGUCACAGCGAAAUAUUUCCUAAUUUUAUUUUUAAUUCAAUGUGAUAGGACGCUACAUCCAGGUCUGUGUUUACUAAACUUUUAAGCUUGUUGGACUAGUGAGUUAGUUUCCUCAUUGCACCACAUACUGUUGCCAGAUUUAUUAACUGUUUUUAUAUUUUUAUUUCACCCUAAAUAUGUCAUGAUAAGCCAAUGUGCGAUCACUCUGUUAACUAUAACCAUUUAUUGCUAAAUGAAAUUAAAAUUAUCUGAGCUUUACAACUGAGAAUGGUAUGUUUAUGGUAUGGUAUAUCUUUUACUCAUACUCAAAAUCCAGUUAAUUCCAUGCUGCUAAAUUUAGUAGUCAAUGUAGAGAGACAUCUCAGAUUCUCUUCUUCUGCAGCAGUAAAUUGGUAUGGAGCAUCGAGAUUAAAUGGAUCUUGAAUCCAUGCAAAUUAUUAAUAAUAUAAUUUUGAAGACAAUUGACUUAAUUAUUGCAGAGCACCAUCUAGUAACUGUUUGUAGAGACUUCUGCAAACAGUUACCGGUAUUACUAUGUGAGUUACUGGUUUACAUUUGAGACUUCUUAUUUGUGCAAAUUGGGGUUAUUAAGUCUGCUACUGUGGGGAAAAAAAAAUGUAAAUAACUAUCAUGGGGAUGUGGAGAAGGAAAUGAGGGGGGCUGUGUCCUGUUUGAGGGUGGCUGUGUCCAGUUUGAUUCCAAGAUUUGAUAAAAUAAUGACAGGCUCAUCCAUCCAACUAAUUACGAUUUGUCCAAUUAAUUUCGUUUUCAAGGAUCAAAUUAUGAGUUUUAUUUAUGUUAAAAUAAUCCCUUAAUUUUAAAAAAUACAUAUUAGCUAUUUAGCAUUAGUCAUAAUUGGGGAAAUCCUGGAUAUAGCAAAGGUGCAGAGAAGGGAACAAUUAUGAAAACCACUGUUAAUGCAUUGAAUACUGCUUGUGUCAAUUUUUAAAAAGAAAUUUUUACACAACACUUCUGGCAUAAUUUGAGCUGAAAUAUUAUUUUAUUAUUUACUUAUGUUUUUGUUUUUUUAUUAAAGACUUUUUUGACUAUACUACUAUUAUUUUAAUUGUUAGAGAUUGUUGUUACUUAUUGCCAUUUCUGUGUAUAAAAUUUUAUUAUAAUUUGAAGACCUUUUGUCAAUGGAGUUUAAACAUGUUAAAAAUAAGAUAGUAAUCUAGCUUUAGCAGCUAAAGUUUUAUAGAAAAAGAAGUUAAUACUCAUGUGUGGCAAUCUCAGAUAUUUGUGAAGUAAUUGAAACCCUUACUUUGUUCUUCUUGUGUUUGGCCUAAACAAUCUGGAUUAGUAUCACUAAUUCUGUAUGGUAUUAUAUUUUCAGAGCUAUUUAGAUGUUUUACUUAUCCUCCAGUAAUUCUUGUCAUUUACCAAAGAAUAUUAAAGGUAAGUAACAUGAAAAUGUACACAAACAAUGUAUUUUAAUACAUUUUCCAAGUAUAAAAAAUCAAAUUCUCCAGCUACAGAUAACUAGUAGAAUCUUAAUUAUUAAUGUGUUUUUAUUUACUGUAAUAUAUAUAUAUAUAUUAAACACCUUUUAUUAAUUGUUUUUCAUAUAUUUAAACAAAUUAAUUCACAUGUUAAGUUUUUAAAAAUUUUAAUCUCUCCCUCAACUGGCAUGCUUUUCAUGUCAUUGCUAUUUUAUUCUUUGUGUGAAAUUUUUUUGUAUGAAUACUUUAUGUUUUGAAAUCUUUUUUUUUUGUUGUUGUUUUUAAAUGUCUUCCUCUCUUAAAGUGUACCUUUUACCAGGCUUCAAUUUUUUUUUUAAAGAUGAUGGUUUCCUAAAACGCUUGUGACCGCCAAGAAUGUCAAGGUCACCAUGGACGAUGCUGUAAGUCGUGACUCGGUUACUUCCUCUACAAGUGAAGAGUUCGUUGUUAUUAACAGUGAGCCCAAGCUUAAAGUGGCAGCAGACGUCAAUGACAUCAGUGAGGAGAUUGCCAGUGCCACUGCUACAGAAACUAAAAUGUCAGACAGUACAGACAAUCUGGCAGAGCAUUGUGAUCAUGUAAUUCCCAGCAGUCAGUCAGUGAACAUCCUAAAUUCAUCCAUCCUGGAGAAUUAUCCUGAUACCCCGGUUGAGGAGGAUAGAUCUACGCUUGGGUCAGGUCAGUAAAAAUAGUAAAAAAGGACUAUCCGAUUUUUUUUAAAAGGCAUUCUUCAAUCGUUGUUAGAUAAAGUAUCAUUUAAUGAGAGAUAUGUAGUUACUUUUUAUUUUUUUUCUUGAGAGGAAGUUGGACUGUUAAUCUGUGUAAUAAAGGAUAAUAAAUGAAGGAUUGCAUUCAAGCCGUGUGAAGGAAAUGAUAGACUUUCCGGCAAUAACAAUGGCGAUCGCUUGAGUUUUUAACUAGUCCCUAUUUCUUAUCGUAUUUUCCUUUGCCUUGUUCGUUGAAGUAGGCUCUUAGCCGCAAGUUUCUUAUCUUUGUCCUGUUGUUUGAUUCAAGCUUCCACAUACCUUGUUUUACUACAUCCUUCUAUGUAAUAAGCUACCAGUUUUUUUUAAUGAAUUUAAGUAAAUUAAAUGUUAAUUUGAAGGUUCUUUAAAAAAGGAUGAAAUUUGAUGUAGUCGAUGUCCAAUGCAUUGCAUUAGUGCAGGUGAGCAUUUACUAAACAUUACUCAUUUUCCAGGUCUUCAGAUAUCUUUAGUCUCAAUAUGUAUUUUUUUGUUUACACAGCCCACAGUGUCUCCUUCCAUUUGACUGUUUUGCAAGGGGUUUAUUAUUUAUGUGUGCAUAUUUCCUUGUAUCUUCAGACCGAGCUCGCUCCACCUCACUGCCAACAAUACCUAAUGGGGACUGUACUAUUUUUAAUGGUGUCACCUACUUAGGCUGUGCCAUGGUAAAUGCGCCUCGUAGUGAGGCAGAGAUUUAUCGCAAUAUGGCUGUCCUCAAUCAACACAGUCAAAUGGCUAUUCCUGUGGCCCUGUCUGUGCCAGCUACAUCAGAAGGCAUUGUCAGGUGAGGAGAUCUAGAUGUGUUUAAACUGUGAAAUUUCUUAUGCACUUGAUGCACACAUCACGCUCAACAGCUGACAUUUCUGUACUUCACAGCACUAAUUUUAUUAUGGUUUUGUUUUUUUGUGUUGGCACAUUUUUGUUCUCUAAUUUUCCAAAUUCAGUUGUAAAUCAGUUUUGUCUAUUUAAAAAUUCUUUUUUGUUUUACUCUGCCUUCUCUUUAAAAAAAUGCAGAGCUAUUGAACAUUAAAGACUUAAUGUGGCUGGAGGUGGGGGGGGGGGGGGGGGGGGGUGGAGAAUUUAGACAAAUUUUAGUUCCCAAGAUCAGCUGUUAAUGUUAAUAUUUCUGACCUCUGUUGUCUUGUAUUGUAUGUAGUUUUAUAACUGCAUUUCGUAACAAUUUGUUAAUAUAAAUAUUAAAAAAUUUGAUUUGAGAGAUGACGAGCAGGCUGUUGUAAUAGUGUGUUGACUUAUUAUUGUAACAUUUUCAAUGUCAAAUUCCUUGUUGUGUUCUAGUUAUCUUCAGAUUCUAUAAUAAGUCUUUAUUUAUCAAAUGUAAGCAAAGUUGUAUUUUAUAUUCUCUAUUUAAAUGUUUCUUUUCCUUUGUGUUGCUUUUUAAAAAAAUUUAAAAAAUCAACAUUCCCUUUUAUAAAGCAAGGCGGUCACUGAUAAUAAUGAACCUGGCAAUGACACUCACACCCCGCCUCCAACCCUAUCUAGAGUUGCAGAAUUAAGUUACAGUAGGUCUGAUUAUGGGACAGAAUAAUUAACAUUGAGUCAAGCACAGAGCUUAACCUGAAAGUUUGCUAGACACUGAAUGUGUGUUUGUGUCCAACUGUGUUGCUAGAAUCUAACAGUGUUUGUGUCAGUGUCUUCUGGCUGAUAAGUGAGUAUCGCUAGAGUCUGACCAUGUAUGUGUGUUUGUGUCAUAGAAUCUGCUGGCUGGCAUGUGAGUGUAGUUAGAAAAGGCAUGGAUUGAUCACCCCCUUCUGCAAGAAAAUGUUAUGUUUAUUUGGUCCUGUUGUGAUCAAACAGAAUAUGCUAAUGGUAUAUUACUGUUAUAUUAUAUUUUUUAUUUUAUUAUAGUCUUAUUUAAAAGAAUUUCUCGGUCUGCUUACUGGAAUAAUUAUUGACUUUAAAAAAUAGAACAUGUAAUAAAAAGGCAGAAUUUCUAACCAUUAAUUUUAAGUUUAAAAUGCUUUAUGUGUGACUCUUCGUUUCUUUUUGUUAACGUCUAAAUUUUGAAGCACCCGCUUUACUUGAAUACUAAAAAGCAUUAUGAUAUAAUUACACAAAUCAACAAUAAAAAUGUUACCUAUCUAAAGCAUUUGUUAAGAAAUGUGAAUUUAAUUUAGCUAUUCUACUUUCUUUUUAGCUAUAAUAUUCCUUAGAUGAGGAGAAUCCAUUUGUGCUUGUUGUAAGCUUUGUCUAUCUUUUAUUGAGCUGUCUUUCUGUUUUAAAUUUGCAAUACUAUUGUUUUCAAAUCUGUGUCAUCAGAUUUAAAAUGACCAAAACAAAUUUGACAAAGUUAUUUAAAAAGCGGUAAGGAUUACUUAAUAAUAACCCAUCCUUUUUCCUUUGACAAACAUUUUUCGUUUUUGUUAUCCUCAAGAAUUCCAGAGCAGUACAAUAAAUAAUACUUAAAUCGGGCUCUUAAAAUAGUUGACCAUAUUUUUUUAGUCAUUAUUUUUUUUUUUUUUUUUUUUUUUUUUUUUUUUUUUUUUUUUUUUUUUUUAAAUUUUUUUUUUUUUUUUUUUUUUUUUUUUUUUUUUUUUUUUUUGCUUACAUUAUUUUUUUCCAUAGAAGAUUUCCCUUUAAUCAAUGAUACAAUAAAACAGUCAUAAAUAUGAUAUUCUCUAAACUACAAAAUGAACUGGUCUUUUAAACACACAAACAUGCUGUUCAGUAAAAAAAAAAUUAACUUAAGUUUAUUGCAUGGUUUCCGAUAAUCUUGUUAUGUAUCUGUUGUUACUAAAUGUUCCAGAGUAUUUUGUCCAUCUGUAAGUAUGACAUGUAUUAGGGUUAAUAGUUUUUGAAUUUUUUUCCUCUGUUUUAAUUCCAAUGUGUUUUUGUCUUUUUCCUUUUUUUUUUUUUUUUUUCCGCAGCAGAAGUGGGGAACUAGUGCGGUUUGCAUGAAUUUUUUUCCCUACUUUUUUUUGUUUCCUUUUUUUCUGUUAAUAGUUUUUGAAUUUUUUUUCUCUGUUUUAAUUCCAAUGUGUUUUUGUCUUUUUCCUUUUUUUUUUGUUCCGCAGCAGAAGUGGAGAACUAGUGCGGUAUGCAUGAAUUUUUUUCCCUACUUUUUUGUGUUGCCAUUUUUUCAGCUCCUCCCAUUUUUGCCACAUGAGAUGUGCAGUGCAUAAGUUAAUCUAAUCUAAUAUCUCAAGCACAUAUUUUGUUAGUUCGAUGUACAUCACCAUCAUUGGCACCAGUACACAAUCUUGAUGUCAGAGUUUGGUUUGCAUGAUUUUACUUUUUUGGGGGCGUCUGGAAUUUUUUCUUUCUAGUUUUUUAAAAAUAUUUUAAUUUUAUUUUUAUCUUCCUAUUGAAAUCUCCCUAUUGGUAUGCAGAUUUUACCAUUUAAUUUUUUUUAUAUUUUUGAAAUUUAAAAUCAGAUAAGGUAUUUUAUAUCAUGUCAAUAUCUUAGACAAAAUGUUUUAGACCCUAUUGAUUCUACCUUCAGUUUUAUUCUGUACAUUUUGUUAAAACUUGUCGAGGAUUAAUACAGUAUUAGAGUAUUACCCUCAACUUGUUUGUUCUUAUUUAAUUUUCUUUUUUUUACUAGUUUGGCCUUUGCAAUUCUAUUGAGCUUCCUGUUGGAUCUUUUCAUUUUAACCUACGUUAAUAUUGAUACAUUGUUUUUGUUCUAUUUAAUUAUUUGUGUUCUUUGUGGAGUUUGUGGAGUUUUUUUCCAGUGUUUUUAAGGUCAUGUUUUUGUGUUGUGUUAUGCAUCACUGGCAUCCGUUUUCAAUGUACUAAUCUGAGAUUCAUUUCUCUGCUUCAUGAAAACCUAAAAUUCUUACACUUAUAACUAAUUAGUUAAUGUUGAAAACAUUAUUCUUUCUAGCUAUAUUUAUUUUUUUAUGUUAAAGUUGUAACAAAUUAACACACACACCUUUUUUUUUUUUUUUUUUUAGGUUUAAAAAAAAUUUUUACAAAUGCUAAAAUGAUAUUUCAAAAUUUGCCAAAAUUUUUUAAUAAUUUUUAUAUUCAAUUUUGUUUUUUUUUUUUUUUUUUUUUUUUUUUUUUUUUUUUAAUUUUUAAUAAAUUAAAUCAUCUCUUUUUUUUUUUUUUUUUUUUAGGUUUAAAGAAAAUGUUUACAAAUGCUAAAAUGAUAGUUCACAAUUUGCCAAAAUUAUUUAAUAAUUUUUAUAGUCAACUCUGUAUUUUGUUAUGAGAUUUUUACACAAAAUUAUUUUAUGUAUUUCAUCACAGAACACCAAAAUUUUUACUUAUCCUAAUGAUUAUUUACCAACUAGAUCAUCAAUUAACGUACAAGAGUGAAAAAUUCCUAGAUUUUUUUUUUUUUAGUACCUCAUGCAUAGUGCAGUAAUUUCCAACCUUAUCUGGGAAAAUAAUUUUUUUCCUGAAAUUAAUAAUAAAAAGAUAACUAAUCGAAAUUAAAUUUUGCAUAACAUAUGGUUGUAUCAAAGGGACUUUUAAAAAAAAAAGAGAGAGAGAUCUUAAAAUGUGUUCCUUGCAUAACCCAGGUUAUAUUGAAUAACCAGUUAAAAAUAACUUUCUUCGACCUGUGUAGAUAGUUUCUUCUCUUAGGGCUUAAGCGUUGUUGGUAGGUCUCUUUGGUGGUUCAUAAAGGACAUCUGCAAAUAAAUAUUUUUAACUGCCCCCUUGUCCAAGCUUGUCUAAUGUGGCUUACAUCCAACCCCCACUCCCUUUCAGUCAUCCCCAUCCAGCAUUAUACAGUGUGAAGUUCCAGGGAGUAUAACAGCUGAUGUUCUCAAUCCACAACGCUCACUAUUGUCGUCCAAACAUAUAUUUAGUUCAAAACAAGGAACCCAAUAAAUAGAAAGUCUCCUUCUGUAUAAUAUUCUUUAUUCAGACCACCUUGCCGUCUGGCAUAUAGCCAUGUACAACAGCCACUCAUUGUCUUACCCAACCUCAACUAUCACAGCCUGUGGCCAGUCAAAUAAUGUGCCAUCAACUGCCAGACCACCAGCAAGGCUUUCAGCAAAGUUUGUGAUGCAGUUGACACUGUUGGCAGACAAGAGCAAUUGACAAAUUGAGGCUCAGUAGGGCCAAAUUCUGCCACCUCAGCUUGUGUGGUCACUGUUGUAUCCUGUGCUUUUGACUGUGGGCCUUAUUGAGUUUUGCAACCUGAGAUGGAAAGGACAGGCCACACUGAUUGCAAAUGUCUUUAUCAGGAUCAGCAGUCACUGAUGGACAAUCUCAAGACAUUUUUUUAAGUUAUAGCAUUUGAAUGUUAAAUAACAUGCUAGAUUAGUAGUCUAAUGCAGGUACGGACCUGUGUAUUCUUAUGAUUUUGGCAUACAAUGUACGAUUUUGAGAUGUCUGCUGUAGUUUUGGACCGCAAUAUGUAAACAGAAAAUAAAAUCAUAAAAUAAUAUAAAAUCAGUCUCUUAGGCUUAAUGCAGUGAUGGGAAACCCAUGGCAUGCCACGUUAAAUACUGUGGCCCGCCGGAUGUAUCACAGAUGAAUUUAUUUCAUCAUUAAAAAAAAAAGCGCUUUUGUGGCAUAAACGCACAUCAUUUCUUUGUGGACAUAUUGUGCCAUUUUGGUGUACUCACCACCAUUUUGGACUAAUGGAUUGAAAAUAGAUUGAAAUAAGCAAUAAAUUAUUUAACAAUUAAGUAAUAAAUUAUAAAACAACUAAGUAAUAAAUUAUAAAACAAUUUUUCUGUUUUUUAGCUACUAAAAUAAAAAGGAUUUAUGUCAACAAAACUAGGUAAAACCUAUUUUUUCACAAGCAAUGCGAUUAAGUCUAGAAUAAUAUAAAACUAUAUUCAAGUAUACAUUCGGUGGGCAUUCUCAAUUUCUGCUCCCCCCACCACAUUUUCGUACAUCAAAGUGGCUAAUGAAAAAUCAAGUACAUUUUUAUGUAAUGCAAUAAUGCACUGUAUAUAAAUAUACAAGCGUCAGUCAUCCACUUUGAGAAGUGAUCUUUAUUAGACCAGCCUUGCAAAUAGUUUUUAUAGAGAAUAAACUGUUUAUUUAUUUAAUAUUACAAUAUGAUAUUGUAAGAUUUUGAGAUGGUUAAGUACCAUGCUGAGACUAUAUUGUGAGUUCCAGGUCAACCAGGUCUGCAUGUACAACAUCUUUCUCCUAAGACUUUAGCUUGGUUGUUAGGCCAUUUUCAUAACACUUGAGUAUGUUGCGCUCUAAACCUUCAGUCUACCUUCCACUUCUCUGUGUGAUCUGUAGAUGUGACUUGCUUUACUAGAACUUUGCAUGCAGUAGAAACAACUAUGUGGUCUGGAUGGGGUAGAGACCAUAUUAUUUACCAUGGAUGUAAAAAAAAUGUUUGUUUAAAUUCCAAUUCCAAAAAUAAACAAUGGGGACAGAUUUCCCAGGUUCAUUAAUGUUUUUUUUAAAAUAUUUUCAGUAAAAUGAACCUUUAAAUCUCAUAUAUAGCACCUUACUUUAAGCUAUUAUUUUUUUUAAAUAAUAAAAAUAUUAAGGAUUUUUUUCUUCUCAUGUUCAUAAGUUUAACUCUUUUGCUGCGGAAUUUUUUUAUCGAAAAAAUUUGAAUUUUUUUCAGAGAGCAAAAAUGAGUAAGAGAUUGGGUUUAUUGAAGAAAUAUUUAACAUAUUAUUUUUUGGUUCAUAAGACUAAACUUGGUAUCAAAUGAAAGAUAAUUGAAUGGACUAUAUGUUUGUAAACUUAUUUCUUCAGUUUAAAUAAAAUUAGUAACAGAAAAGAACCAUUUCCCCCCCCCCCCCCCCAACGCUAUGAUGUAUGCAUACCUGAUCUUCAUUUCUAUAGUUCAAAAACUACUACCAAAGGAAUCAUGCAAUGGAUAUAAAUAUAAAUCACCUUCACUAUCAAAAGAAAUAGUAUAAAACAACUCCAAAUCUUUUUGAGCUGUUAAUCGUCAGGAAACUUCGACAUAGCAACAGUAGGAAAAAAAAUCACAAAGAAAAUCAUGAAAAUAAUGCUUCAAAUGACAACAAAUAAACCUUGGUUUCACUUACAAACAAUGAAGUUCCACUCCUUUAUGUAAAAGUCUUAUUUAAAAAUAGCCCUUAAAAAGUUAAACCGAGAAAUAAAAAAGAAACAAACAUGAUAUUGAAACAACGCACAGCGCAUUGGUCUGUGCUUUUUAGAACAGCGGAUGAAAGCAGUGUGCAUUGUGCCCCGCAGGGAAAGAGUUAAAGCUGUAACAAAAAACAAAAUUCUUUUGUGUUAAUACUCAGACCUUGUUUUUUUUAAUCUCUCCCUUACCUAUAAAUUGGAGCACACUGUUUGUUGGAUGGGUGGCCUCAUUUUUUUUUUUAGUUCUGCCUGAUCUAUAAAGUGGGGGUACACUGUUUGUUGGAUUAGUCACCUUCUUUUCAUCUCUUUGCUGUAGCACACCAUUGUGUGGCUCUACGAUUUUACACUUGGCUUUAGUUUUCUAAAUAGAUGUUGUUACCAACAACAGAAAUACUUUUAGCUAUGGGAUUCCACAUCAUGUUGUGUAAAAAAAAAAAAAAGACGUGUAAAAUACUAUUUUGCAAUUUUGCUUUAGCACACCAUUGUGUGGCUCUACGAUUUUACACUUUGCUUUAGUUUUCUAAAUAGAUGUUUUUACCAACAACAGAAAUACUUUUAGCUAUGGGAUUCCACAUCAUGUUGUGUAAAAAAAAAAAAAAAGACGUGUAAAAUACUAUUUUGCAAGAGCAUUAUUGUUUCGUUGUGCAAGUCAGGAUUCAGCAUUGAAUUUUUUCAACAACUGAACAUUUAAGUUUUUAAAAAUCCAAUUCAACUUUUUUUAAAAUCCAAUCAGAUAGAAUGAGACUCACAUGAGGCACUCAUUUAUUACAUUUUAUAGCAAUGUCUUGCAAAGGUUUAAAAGACUAUAUAGUGAUGUCCACUUUUUAACAUCAACUUGGUUGUACAUGGAUUUAUCACUUGUCCAGUGUAGAUGAUUUUUGUGCUUGAAUAUUGUAAGAAGUGCAAUCAUUUCAAAAUCUGUGAACUAGGCAAACAUACUUACAGAAAAAAAAAGAUAAGUGCAUAUAAAGAUAGAACUCCAGCAUGCUGUUUAUGGCUCUUACACAUAUUUCUUGGCAUCUUGUCUCUAUGUGUGUUAACUAGAACAGCCGCUUGUUGUACAAGUAUUGAUUUAUGAUACCCUCAUAUAGCUUACUGGACCGUUUGAAAUGUUUGAAUCUGAGUUGACUCCCCUGGUUUGUUUCAGACUCUUGGACCCUGCAUCAAAUUCGGAUAUUGCUAGUUUCCGCAUCCACCGGAUUCUGUUCUGUGCCCGGGGACCAAGUGAUUCAGCUGAGAGGCAGUGCUUUGCAUUCACUUGUAGCCAUGGUGAUAGUGCUGAAAAUGCCAUCUUCCAAUGCCAUGUAUUCCGCUGUGAUAUCCCUGAAGCAGUAAGUUCUCUCCCUCUCUCUCUCCCCCUCUCUUUCAUCUCUCCCUCUCUCUCUCCCCCCCUCCCUCUCUCUCUGUCUCUCCCUCACCCCCUCUCUCUCUCCGUCCCCCUCUCUCAUCCCUCCCCCCCCCUCUUUCUCUCCCCAUCUCUCCCUCCCUCUGUCACAGACACCCUGUAAUACCGUGCUGUGAUAUCCCUGACGCAGUAAGUUCUCUCCCUCUCUCUCUCCCCCUCUCUUUCCUCUCCCCCUCUCUCUCUCCCCCCCUCCCUCUCUCUCUGUCUCUCCCUCCCCCCCUCUCUCUCUCCGUCCCCCUCUCUCAUCCCUCCCCCCCCCUCUUUCUCUCCCCAUCUCUCCCUCCCUCUGUCACAGACACCCUGUAAUACCGAUACACAUAGAAAUUAAGACAUGUUUGUAUGCAGUAUUUAAUCUCAAAAUGGACUCAACAUUUUUUUACUUAUUUAUCUGUAAAUUUUUUUUUUUAAAGAAAGAAAGAACAAAACUUCAGCAUAAAAAAAUAAAAUUCAAUUUAAUAAAGCUUGCAUACUGCAUAUGGUCGAGGACACAAACAAUUGAUACUUUUUUUUCUACACUGGAAGCUCCUCUAAUCUGUAGUUUUCUACAUUGGAAGCUCAGCUAAUCUAUAGUUUUCUACACUGGAAGCUCAGCUAAUCUAUAGUUUUCUACACUGGAAGCUCAGCUAAUCUCUAGUUUUCUACAUUGGAAGCUGGGCUAAUCUCUAGUUUUCUACAUUUCAUUGUUCACAAGAAUGCAAAGACUUUAUAAAACUUCUCAAUUUUAUUACUCACAGGGCAGAUAAAACUGAGAGAUCUGUCUUGUCUGUUUUAUCUCCAAAUCUUUGGAUGUCAUGCAAAGAUGACUUUAAUUUUGUUAUGCAUCUAAAAAUAGGUCCCUAAAAUUCUCUACUGUUUUGCAAACACUUUUCGGAGGAUACCAAGAACUCAGAAGUCAUCUGAGGCUUCAUUUUCCAGUACAGAGCAGACAUUUACAUUUUCCGUCAGUCUCGAUUUCCGUGAGGAUGACGGCAAAGGUGGAUUUUCGGCAUGCCCAAAAGAUAAAGAUGGAUUUAAAUUCCGAGUGAACACAGAGAAACGCCUGCAGAUAUCUGUUCAGCAGUCUGGGCCACAUGAACUCAGGAUAGAGAGGUAAAUUAAAUGGAUUAACCCAUUCAAUAUGUUACUAUUAAACAGUGGAACGUACUAAUAGUAGUAAAAUUAAGGGACUAAAAUUCCAUUCGACCUGAUUUUACUUAAAAUAAAUCCCAGCUUUCUGUUUAUCAAACCUUUGUCAUGUAGCAUAUCAAAAUUUAACUAAUUGAUCAAGAAAUAAUUUUUUAUUAUUAAAGAGCGAUAAAUGUAUUUACAAUUCUACUCACCAACCAAUAAAUCAUGGAAGAAUAAUUCAAUCAAGAGAAUUUUUUCAACAUAUGAGCCUUGAAUCUUGAAUAAAUGUUCCAAAAGUUAAUAAUAGAAAUAACUAUUCCAGUCUGGUACACAAAUAUUUACACAUAUUUACAAACUAUAUAAACCAGGCCUGCACAACAUACGACACUCGGUGACCCGCGAAGUAUCGAAAUAGUCUGCAUUAUUAUUAUUUUCUUAAUAGCGCCCCCCCCUGUCCUAUCAUCUUUCGGCCCACACAAACGGCCCGCACUUAUUUUUCAUAAACUGUUCCGGCCUGCCUUAUAUUUUGAGUUGUGCGGGUCUGAUAUAAACAAAUCGGGCCAUUGUUUUCAUUCGAGUCCAAUGAAUCAUCCAAGCUAAGUAAUUGGCUUGCUAUUUCAGUAGUCAUACAUCUAAAUCUUGAGCGAGCAGACCUAAUAUUAGUAUUAGUACCACUUGUUGAAGCCAUUUCAAUCAGCAUAUGUUUGUUUAAAAUUUUUAGAUAGUGAAAAACUAGCAAAUAAUAGACAAAACCUGGUACAAUCAGAUAGAAAAUUCACAAAGAGGUAGUUGAAACUCUUCUGAAUAAAAGUUUGUAAAGCUAUAAAUAAAAACUUUGACUGUUUAAGUUAAAACCCUAAAGGAAUGAAACAAACCAGCGAUUGACGCACUCUGCAUCAAAACGUAUUCAGCAGUAAUUGGGGUGACGCACACUUCAGCGAAACAUAUCGGAUGGGUUAAAUCAAAAGUUGUUGUUUUUUUUAUUAUUUUAUUUUAGAAUUAUACUUUAAUUUUACCUCUGGAAUGGUUUUGUCUAAAGGAGAUCCUGGCCAUGUUAUUGCAGGAGAUCCUGGCCAUGUUAUUGCAGGAGAUCCUGGCCAUGUUAUAGCAGGAGAUCCUGGCCAUUGUAUUGCAGGAGAUCCUGGUCAUAUUAUGCAGGAGAUUCUGGCCAUGUUAUUGCAAGAGAUCCUGGCCAUGUUAUUGCAGUAGAUCCUUAAUCAUGAUAUUGCAGGAGAUCCUAGCCAUGUUAUUGAAAGAGAUCCUGGCCAUGUUAUUGCAGAAGAUCCUUAUCAUGUUAUUGCAGAAGAUCCUGGCCAUGUUAUUGCAGGAUAUCCUGGCCAUGUUAUUCUUCAUGAAGAGUUCAGUACUUGAACAUAUACAAAAUGAGAAACUAAACAUCCAAAGUUUGGGUCAAACAAACAAAAAUUGUUAAGUAAAAUGCUAAAGGUAAAAGUGAAAAACUGAGCUCAUAGUUAGUACUAUAAAACUAGUAGUAGGCAUGCACAUUUUAACAAGGCUCAUAGCUACUAGGCAUGCACAUUUUAACAAGGCUCAUAGAUAGAAGGCAUGCACAUUUUAACAAGGCUCAUAGCUAGUAGCAAUGCACAUUUUAACAAGGCAAACUUAGUCACCCCAUUUUAAUGCUAUGUCACUUCAUGGCCUACCCCCAAUAAUUUGCUGAACUCAAUCCAGGCAAAUCUAGUCAAGAAACUGUUAUUCUCAAUUGAUGGAGAUAAAAAGUGACACCUAAUUAUGUAAUAAAACUAAACCAUAGGAGGAUUCUAGAUUUUAAAAAAUUAUUGCACAAUGCAAAUUACUUAAAUGUAAAGCAGCUGCUGCCGAAUCAAUAGAAUAUGUUUGUCAUUUGAUUUAUACAUUGGGCUUGAUUGUUUUGGGGCAUUUUAUUGAUUCAUACCUUGGGGACUUGAAUUUAUUUGAGACAUUUGAUUCAUACCUUGGGGGUUGUAUGCAUUUUAGACAUUUGAUUCAUACCUUGGGGACUUGAAUUUAUUUGAGAUAUUUGAUUUAUACCUUGGGGGUUGUAUGCAUUUUAGACAUUUGAUUCAUACCUUGGGGACUUGAAUUUAUUUGAGACAUUUGAUUCAUACCUUGGGGACUUGAAUUUAUUUUAGACAUUUGAUUUAUACCUUUGGGGUUGUAUUCUUUUUAGAUAUUUGAUUUAUACCUUGGGGGUUGUAUUCAUUUUAGACAUUUGAUUCAUACCUUGGGGACUUGAAUUUAUUUGAGACAUUUGAUUUAUACCUUGGGGGUUGUAUGUAUUUGAGACAUUUGAUUCAUACCUUGGCGGUUGUAUGUAUUUGAGACAUUUGAUUUAUACCUUGGGGGUUGUAUGCAUUUUACACAUUUGAUUCAUACCUUGGCGGUUGUAUGUAUUUGAGACAUUUGAUUAAUACCUUAGGGGGUUGUAUGUAUUUGAGACAUUUGAUUCAUACCUUGGCGGUUGUAUGUAUUUGAGACAUUUGAUUUAUACCUUGGGGGUUGUAUGCAUUUUACACAUUUGAUUCAUACCUUGGCGGUUGUAUGUAUUUGAGACAUUUGAUUCAUACCUUGGCGGUUGUAUGUAUUUGAGACAUUUGAUUAAUACCUUGGGGGGUUGUAUGCAUUUUACACAUUUGAUUCAUACCUUGGCGGUUGUAUGUAUUUGAGACAUUUGAUUAAUACCUUGGCGGUUGUAUGUAUUUGAGACAUUUGAUUAAUACCUUGGGGGGUUGUAUGUAUCUGAGACAUUUGAUUCAUACCUUGGCGGUUGUAUGUAUUUGAGACAUUUGAUUCAUACCUUGGCGGUUGUAUGUAUUUGAGACAUUUGAUUCAUACCUUGGGGGUUGUAUGUAUUUGAGACAUUUGAUUCAUACCUUGGCGGUUGUAUGUAUUUGAGAAAUUUGAUUUACGCCUUGGGGGUUGUAUGUAUUUGAGAUACUUUAUUAUGGCAAAUCCACAUCUAUACCCUUUAAAAAAAAGGUAUUUUGUCUUUCAGAUGUUUUGGUCUGCUCAUUUCCCCUGGAAGAAAUGUACAACACAGUGACAUGCAGUUAAUAGAGCUGGUGAGUCAGUCAGUUUCUCGCAGGGGAUUAAGCAUAUUACACAAUAUGACAAGAUGAUUGGGGAGAAAUGGAAGUGUGUAGAAACCAUAAUUAUUAACGCCCCAAUUUCCACAAUGAUAAACACCUCACUGCCACAAUGAUGAACACCUUACUGCCACUCCAUGGGCAUAGAUAGGCAAAAAGUCAGGCACUGUACAUUGAUGUCUAUUUCUAGGUAUUCCAAUAGAUUCUCUUAUUCAACAUUUGUGAAGUAUUUUGAUCAUCCACUUGUUCCCCUCCAUUUCAGGUUUCCAUGAGCUACACCCCUGAUACUAAAGUCUACAAUGUGACCGGACAUUGGGAUCCAUCCGAGAAAUGCUUUGCUAUACUUAAUACUGAGACAGAAAAAGGUAGGUCGCAUGAAGAGCGGUUGUGUGACUUUUGGAGGCCGUCUUACACUAUUGGGCCCCCCCCCCUCUCUUUUGGACUCACAGAUUAUAGUCUUAAAUAUUUUUCUACAUGAAAACUUUGGACCUCUUAAAAAUACAAGGCCCCCUGGAGCAGCAGUGGUAGCAGGGCCCACACGAUGGCUCAGUGGUAGCAGGGCCCACACAAUAGCUCAGUGGUAGCAGGGUCCAAACAAUGGCUCAGUGAAAGCAGGACCCACACAAUGGCUCAGUGGUAGCAUAGCCCACACAAUGGCUCAGUGGUAGCAGGGCCCAACCAAUGGCUCAGUGGUAGCAGGGCCCACACAAUGGCUCAGUGGUAGCAGGGCCCACACAAAGGCUCAGUGGUAGCAGGGCCCAACCAAUGGCUUAGUGGUAGCAGGGCCGCCACAAUGGCUCAGUGGUAGCAGGGCCCACACAAUGGCUCAGUGGUAGCAGGGUCCACAUGAUUGCAUAGUGGUAGCAGGGCCCACACAAUGGCUCAGGGGUAGCAAGGCCCACAUGAUGGCUCAGUGGUAGCAGCCCCACACAAUGGNCCACAUGAGGCCUCAGUGGUACCAGCCCCACAAAAUGGCUCAGUGGUAGCAGGGCCCACAUGAUGGCUCAGUGAUAGCAGGACCCACACAAUGGCUCAGUGGUAGCAGGGCCACACAAUGGCUCAGUGCUAGCAGGGUCCCAUCAUUGCUCAGUGGUAGCAGGGCCCACACGAUGGCUCAGUGGUAGCAGGACCCACACCAUGACUCAGUUGUAGCAGGGCCCACACUAUGGCUCAGUGGUAGCAGGGUCCACAUGAUUGCAUAGUGGUAGCAGGGUCCACAUGAUUGCAUAGUGGUAGCAGGGCCCACACAAUGGCUCAGUGGUAGCAGGGCCCACACAAUUGCUCAGUGGUAACAGGGCCCACACAAUGGCUCAGUGGUAGCAGGACCCACACAAUGGCUCCGGUUACACCUUCCAUGUAUUAAUAUGACCCAUUUCUAUAGAUUUAUUCAACUUCCUUCAUCUAACUUAGUGUGUCUUAUUUGUUAAAUAGAAACACUGCAAUGGUCAACUGGUUGUAUCAACACUGGUGUGACUGCAGGAUCCUUUCAUUUGUGGGAACUAAUGCUUGAAAUGAAUGGUUUUUCAUCUGAGUUAUUUACUCACAGAAGUAAUUGUAUGGAGUAACCUUUGGGCUGCAGCCAUCAAUCUAUACUACAGCUGAAGAAAAUAUCCCAGAUGUGUAUAAACUACUCUAGAGUUGAAGAGAAAAAAAAAGGGGGGGGGGGCAAACAUGCUUAUUUCACAAAAGCAAAGCCAAGCUGGUUUAAUGUAUUUUUCUUGUUUAAUGAUUGCCAAUUUCAGACACUCGAGUCUUCUUGACAGUGGCAGUCGACUUAGUGUUGUAUGGGAUUCAGGAACCUGUACGAUUUAUUUUGGAAACAAAAGCCAAGAUCUACCCUGUGUCGGAGAAGUUUUGGUAUCUGAGUCGCAAAGGCUACACUGAGCAGUUCAGUGUGAGACUUAAACAGGUGGGUGGCCGUGGUAUGGUGGGAUGAGGCUGUGACAAAGAUGAAGGGUAUUCAGAUUGUGGCCAUGGUAUGGUGGGAUCAGACUGUGACAAAGAUGUAGGGUAUUCAUAUUGUGACUAUGGUAUGGUGAGAUCAGACUGUGACAAAGAUGUAGGGUAUUCAUAUUGUGACUAUGGUAUGGUGAGAUCAGACUGUGACAAAGAUGAGGGCUAUUCAGAUUGUGGCCAUGGUAUGUUUUGUUGAGAUAUUGUGACCAUAUUUUGUCUGCUCAGAUUUUGACCAUUGUAUGGUGUGUUCAUAUUGUGUGUUCAAGGUAUGGUGUGUUCAUGGUAUUGUGUGUUCAGAGUGUGCGUUCAUGGUGUGGUGUGCAGAGUGUAUGCUCAUGGUAUAGUGUGUUCAUAUUGUGUGUUCAGGGUAUGGUGUGUUCAUGGUAUGGUUUGUUCAGAUUGUAUGUUCAUGGUAUGUCCCCUAUCCCAGCAUUUUAAUAUGUUCAUGUAAAAAAAGAAUAUAUUCAUAUCAAUUAUUUUCUUUCCUAAGGUUGAAGGUAACGGUGAAGGCAAGUGCUACGAAGUUGUGAAAGUGGAAAGCCAAACGGAGUUAGAGCGACGCAAUCACAACAUGACCUUGAACCUCAGUGGGACCAGUAGGGCACCAGCAGAAUCUAUUAAAACACCUCAAGAGGAGGAAGACUCUGGUUAGUAGAGAUCAGUUGGACAUCAUCUUAAUCAUGUACUAACUCGUUGAUCAUCUAAUCAUUUUCUAACUGAUUGAUCAUCCCAUUAUGUACUAAGUGAUUGAUCAUCCCAUUAUGUACUAAGUGAUUGAUCAUCCCAUUAUGUACUAAGUGAUUGAUCAUCCCAUUAUGUACUAAGUGAUUGAUCAUCCCAUUAUGUACUAAGUGAUUGAUCAUCCCAUUAUGUACUAAGUGAUUGAUCAUCCCAUUAUGUACUAAGUGAUUGAUCAUCCCAUUAUGUACUAAGUGAUUGAUCAUCCCAUUAUGUACUAAGUGAUUGAUCAUCCCAUUAUGUACUAAGUGAUUGAUCAUCCCAUUAUGUACUAAGUGAUUGAUCAUCAAAAAAGAUAAUGAAUCUAUUGAUAAACUUGUGUUUGUACCACCUAAAUAAGUAUUCAUCAUUUGCACAGUAUGCCAUCUAUGUCAAGUGUUAAAAAUAUUCCUGGUCAUAACUAGGUUCAUAAAUACAUUGACAUUUCUCUAUAAACUGACUAAACUCUGUUCUUAAGAUAUGAUGUUCAUGGCUUCUCUGUAUGCUGACUAAACUCUGUUCUUAAGAUAUUGAUGAGCCCCUACUCAGUGGAUCCGGGAUUGUCAGUAAGGAGGUCACUGAUGAGAACCUCCUCGAAGCAUGGGCAGAGAUGCUGUCUAGAUGGCGAAAGAACCUCUCUUCCCGUCCUCGGCAAGUCACACAGUUGGUCCGCAAAACCAUACCUGAGGCACUGCGUGGGGAGGUCUGGUUGUUGCUGGCUGGUUGCCACGACAAUGAAAACUUGCUAGAGUCUUACAGAGUUCUGAUAACAAAGGUAGAUAACUCCCGAUCUGUCAGUUAUUCUCCCUUUUUUUGUUGUUGUUAGUUUGAAAAAUCUAUUAUAGGUUAAUAGCAUCCUAUUUUAGGACUCAAGAAUCUUUCAAAUAACCACUCACUGAUGGAAAUAUCUCAAGAACAACAAGCCCUAUGAAGUUGAAGUUUGAGAUGGAGAUUCCUGUUAUUAGUCUUAUACUCUAGAAGUGCACUGAGAAGUUUUUUAAUUUUUUAAUUCAGCUUUUAAGAGCCUAAAAUGACCAAAAGGAUGAUACAUGGUUACUAUUAAUAGUUUGGAAAUUUGAUUUAUUUAGUGGGAGAAAAAUUUGGUGUCGAUCUAGAAAUUUUGUUGUUAUAUUUUAUUAAUGACCUUUUGUUUAUUGGAUUAUGGGGCAGCAGUAGGUAAGGGAAAUGAUUUGGACAAUUUACACACUGGUAAUAAGACUUGGCUUAAGGAACCAAUUAUUCUGAAACACAAGAACAACUCUGCAGCAAUCGUUGAUGAUUUUUUUAUUGGAUCAACCUCAUCAUUUCUCUUGAAGCUGUCUAGCAGCAAACACCAUAUCGAUGGUUCCGCGUUUUUUGCGGAAACCGCAUUGAGAUGAUGAGGUAUCAGUCUGCAGACUCUGUGGUGGAGUUAGUGAAUGUAGUUUUCUACCCUGUAAACUUCCUUUUGGCUUAUAACCCACCAGGGAUUCCACCACACAAUCUCAGUCUGAAAAUUGGUACUCCAGUCAUCCUGCUGUGCAAUCUGAUUCCCCUUUUCCCCCACCCCCACCCCCAACCUCAGUGACAUCACCAGGCAUCAGGAAGAUUAACUUUCUAGCUGAGAAAUUUCAUUACAUCAUCUUCACAGGCUGUUGUGUGGAACAAACCUUUUUUAAUAUUUUAAUACCCUUAAUAACUAUGAUUUCAUUUGAUCACCAAGUUUAAAAGACCACAGUUUCUUGUCAAAGUAUCCUACACCGUGACAAUAAACUAAACUAAGGCACUCUUUGAAAUUGGCCGAAGUGGUUUUAAUGUGUGACCAUUUGUCCAUGACCUAUGGUAUUCUCCUGUUCAAGUGUAAGCUCCUCUGUUCGUCUGAUAGCCUUGCAGCCAGAAGGGUGAGCAAAAAAUGGCAGUUAAAAAGAAGUUUCAUGAGACACCUAUUCUCAAAAAGUUUCCUCUUUAACAUAUGACGAUGAGCACCUGGCGUAUUGUCGAAAGCACCCACUAUUCUCACAACUUGUGAAUAUACCUACCUGAAGUGUUGUCUAAACCAUCCACUCUAAACCUAUUCCCAACUUUGUGAAUGUACCUACUCCCAACCUUGUGAAUAUACCUAUUCCCAACUUUGCUUUACUUUUUUUUAAAAAUAAUUUCAAAACACAAUUCUGAUAAAUAAUUUUAUUCUACUCCUAUUCGAAUCUGAAACCCCCUAGCCUUGCACUGUGCUAAGCCUGCAGUGGUUAACCUGGGGACAAACUGUAACACUAACAGGCAACGGCUAAGCAAGUCUGUUGCCUGGUUAUGUUAUGUUAAUGCUUGGGGUGAUGGUGGGUGCAAAGGUCUUCUGCCCAAUAAACUUAUAAUUAUAAUUUGCAUUCUCUCCAACACUGUUCAGAAGUCUGGGCAUUCAUCUAGUUUAUAUAAGUUGUGUAUGUGUGUUGUUGUUCUGGAGUCUGGGCAUUCAUCUAGUUUAUAUAAGUUGUGUAUGUGUGUUGUUGUUCUGGAGUCUGGGCAUUCAUCUAGUUUAUAUAAGUUUUGUAUGUGUGCUGUUGUUUUAACAAACUACCUGCUUUGUUCAAAAGUUACCCUUAAAAUAUUUUGUCCCAAACUGUAAUGACUGAUGAGAUGGGGCAUAUUGUCACAAAGUGUAAGGACUGAUAAGUUGUGGCAUAUUGGUAAGGACUGAUAAGUUGUGGUAUAUUGGUAAGGCUGAUUAAGUUGUGGGAUGUUGUCACAGUUUAAGGACUGAUAAGUUCUGACAUAUUGGUAAGGACUGAUAAUUUGUGGCAUAUUUCAUUCUUGUUAUUUUAUUGGUCAAUAAUCCAGGAUUCCCCCUCGGAUGCUGUGAUACAAAGAGAUAUUAAUAGAACUUUUCCAGCCCAUGACUUCUUUAAAGAUGCUGGAGGUCAAGGCCAGGAUUCACUGUAUAGGAUUAGUAAGGUAAGUGCUGAUGGUCAAGUGUAAGAUUAGUAAGGUAUUGGCUGGAGGUCAAGGCCAGCAUUUACUAUAUAGGAUAAGUAAGGUAUGUGUCAAGGGUAUGAGAAUCACUGUUGUUAUGUGUAGAUCAUCGUUUUCAUGUUUGAUAGGGAAAAGAUGUUUAGUUCGAGAUUUUAUGUGUAGCUGUAUCGUUUGUGUGAGAGUGUUGUGACUUAAUUGUGUAAGAGGGAAUGACGCGCUAGUUUGAGUUGUUGUUGAGAGAGGAUAGAGAUGGCCGUUGUGUGCUGUUCAAGACAUAGCUUGUUGUGAGAUGCUCAACGCUUAGCUUUCUAUGUGUGAGGAUUCAGCUAGAUAGAUAGUGAAGUUGAACGUUGAUAAGUUUACAAGUUGUAUUGUGAAGUACACUGAUUUGUCAGGCUUACGAGGCAUAUUAAAAUUGUACAUAGAACUCAUAUCGAUAUAUCCAGUGUUUGUUAUCGGUUACACUGGUAUGUGUGGUACUAGGAUGUCACAUGGUUGAGGGUCUGGAUUAGAAGAGUGGAUGACCACAGGACAUCAAGAGUUACAUUUCUACAGUAUGUACUGAUGGUCAAGGCCAGGAUUCAUUAUAUCAGUGAAUUGAGUGUUUAGGAUAAGUGACGAUAAGUGUCCUGGCAGUGAGAAAAGUCCUGGUUAGGAUCAGUGAAUAUUAGUGUGCUGGUUAGGAUAGUGAAGAUGCAAGGACUUGAGAUAAAAGUGCAGAUCCAUUUAUUUCAAAGUUAUAUAUACUUAUUGUUUUUUAUGAAUUACCUUGGUUAAAGCAGUCUAAUUAAUGCUGUGAUAGAAUACUGGAGUUGAACAAGUCUCAGAAAUGCUGUGAUAAAUUACUUUAUUUGAAUAGUCUAAGUAAUGCUAUGAUAUUACUCUUGUUGAAUGUCAAAUUAAUGCUGUGACAGAAUACUUUAGUUGAAUAAGUCUGAUUAAUGUUUAGCUGCACAUCAAAACCAUGUUUUAAAUAUAUUGCAGGCCUAUUCUGUAUAUGAUGAAGAGAUUGGCUAUGUCCAAGGAUUAUCUUUCCUGGCUGCAGCUCUUUUGUUACAUGUAAGUACAUCCAAACUGUGCAUUUGUUUUAGCUGUUGGUUGUUAACAAUGGCCCUCAUUAAUUUCUAUUAUUCUGUCAUACUGAAAUGUGUUGUUUUUUUUAUACUCAUAUUUUGAUUGUAUCCCUGGCUUAGUUUAAUGUGUGGGGAAACCUAAGUCCUAUUUUUGAAAGGGGAAAUAUAAAAGCUUCAUAACUGAAUACUUUAACUGAAGAUUAUCCUAACAAAGAUUUUUGGAAAAAACAAUGGAUUUAUAAUUAAAUUGUAGACAAAAAUGCCAAAUAAAAAAAUUUUUUUUGUUAAAUUCUAACUCUAACAUAGACAAUGAUUAGUAUUCCUGCAGUUUUAAUAAUUUUUUAAGUAUUUAGGUGUAUGUGGGUACACAAAUAAGACUUAGAUCUAACAUAAACCUAAACUAUGGACAGAUGCCUGAAGAGCAAGCUUUCUGUGUACUUGUGAAGAUCAUGUAUGAAUACCAGCUCCGAGACCUCUUUAAACAAGGCUUCCAGAUUCUGCACCUCAAGUUUUAUCAGCUGGAGAGGCUAAUGCAGGUAGGUUAAAACGACAUUGUAGAUUUAGACUUAUGUUGGUAGGUUUGGACUUACCCUGAUAAGUUUAGACUUGUGCAGGUAGGUUUAGAUUUAGGCAGGUAUGUUAAACCAAUAUGUUAGGUGUAGACUUAUGUCAAUAGUUUUAGACUCAUGCAGAUAAGUUUAGUCUUAUGCAGAUAGGUUUAGACUUAUGGAGGUAGGUUUAGACUUAUGCAGGUAGGUUUAGACUUAUGCAGGUAGGUUUAGACUUGUGCAGGUAGGUUUAGUCUUAUGCAGGUAGGUUUAGACUUGUGCAGGUAGGUUUAGACUUAUGCAGGUGGGUUUAGACUUGUGCAGGUAGGUUUAGACUUAUGCAGGUAGGUUUAGACUUGUGCAGGUAGGUUUAGACUUGUGCAGGUAGGUUUAGACUUAUGCAGGUAGGUGACUAGUGUUUCUCUGUUUCAAUUAGUGGAUAUUAUGGACGCUAAACGCGAUAAUGACAUUAACAAAAAUACCCAAGGACAGCUCAUGACAAUAAACAAAAUUAAUUUGUUGGUGGAAGACAUGAUGUGUUGGUUUACAAACCAUAAUGAUGAUGUGUUAAUGCUAUGGCUAUAUGAUGUGUUAAUGCUAUGGCUAUAUGAUGUGUUAAUGCUAUGGCUAUAUGUAAAGAUUACACCUUAGCAUUUUGAUGCAUUAUCUGUUUGGUCGUAACGUAGUCUUUUGUGAAAUCUAUUGUCUGUUGUGAAAUCUAAUGUUUGGUCUGACUGUAGUUUGAUGUGUAGUCUAAAGUGUGGCCAUUUCUCGUCUCAACCAGGAGCAGCUCCCAGACCUGUAUGACCAUUUUGCUGAGAUGGGGCUAGAGAUACACAUGUUUGCCUCUCAGUGGUUCCUCACUCUCUUCACUGCCAAGUUCCCGUUACAUCUGGUCUUUGGUAUUCUGGACCUAUUUUUGAGUGAGGUGAGAGUCCACAAACACUGUUCUUGUGGCUUUAUGUUGUAGUUAGUACUUUAUAUUUAAAGUUUAAUUUCAUUAGAUUGAUACAGGGUAAGGUUGCCAUAGUACUGGAUAUGGUGUGCAAUGAUACUGGAUAUGGUGUGCCAUGGUACUGGAUAUGGUGUGCAAUGAUACUGGAUAUGGUGUGCCAUGAUACUGGAUAUGGUGUGCCAUGGUACUGGAUAUGGUGUGCAAUGAUACUGGAUAUGGUGUGCCAUGGUACUGGAUAUGGUGUAUAUGAUACUGGAUAUGGUGUGCCAUGGUACUUGGUGUGGUGUGCCAUAGUACAAGGUAUGGUUUGCCAUUGUACAGGGUAUGGUGUGCCAUAGUACAAGGUAUGGUUUGCCAUUGUACAGGGUAUGGGAUGCCAUAGUACAAGGUAUGGUUUGCCAUUGUACAGGUUGUAGUGUGUCGUGGUGUAGGGUAAGUGAGCCAAGGUUUGUAACCUCUGGAAAAUCAACUGCAAUCUAUUUGUCCUGUAAUUGAGAAUAGAGUCUCAGGGCUUAUUACCCUCAGUUUAAACCGAGCCACACCUGUGAUAAUAUCGACAUUAUGUAUGAAAAACAUUUUCUAAUAAUGAGGUCAGUUUUAUGGAUGGAAUAAAUUAUUGAAUAAAAUAAACAAUUUUAUGCAGGGAAUACAUCAAUUGGUCCAUCCAAUGUAAUUAUUGAAUAAACUAUUUUUCAGGGUCAUCUCAUCAUUUUCUCUGUGGCCCUGGCUUUGCUCAAAGUGAGUUAUUUCAUUCUACUUUACUUGGAUAAAAUUUGCAAUCUCUUUGAAAUUAAAAAGAUAAAAUUUGUGACUCAACUUGUAUAUAUAAAUUGUAUAAAAUGAAAAAUUUUAUGUUAUAUCUUUGGUCCUCUAAUAUAAAAUAAAUUGUCCUCCUCUCCUCUAUGCAAAAUGUAUUGUCAUGUCCUCAGUCCUCCCCUAUAUAAAAAUGUAUUUUUAUGUCCUAAGUUCCCUCUAAAUAAAAAAAAAAAAAAUGUUAUUGCCAUUUCAUCUAUCCUGUACAAAUAAAAAAAUGUGUUUUAAUUUAUUUGGUCCUCUCCUACAUCAACAUGUAUUUUGUAUUAUCUUAUCCUCAGUCCUCUCCUAAUAAACAUGUAUUUUGUAUUAUCUUAUCCUCAGUCCUCUCCUAAUAAACAUGUAUUUUGUAUUGUCAUGUCCUCAAUCCUCUCCUACAUAAACAUGUAUUUUGUGUUGUCAUGUCCUCAGUCCUCUCCUACAUUAACAUGCAUUUUUUAUUGUCAUGUCCUCAGUCCUCUCCUACAUUAACAUGUAUUUGUAUGUGCUAAGUCCUCUCCUAUAUAAAAAAUGUAUCCUCAUGUCAUCAGUCAUCUCGUAAAGACUUGUUGGCCCAUGACUUUGAGGGUGUGUUGAAGUACUUCCGUGUUCACUUGCCCAAGAGAUACAGAGGAGAAGAAGCUGCCAAGGAACUGAUGAGGGCCACUGUUAGUCUCAAGGUUGGAAGGAAAUUAGUUUUAUAACUUCAUUUUUUAUUGUUGCUUAUUAUUAAGUAUAUAAGUAUAUUAUAUAUAAUUCGCCAGCAAAGGUCAAAUACCACCACCACGCAGGCUAUAUAUAGAAACGCCAGAGUGUGGUUAAAUAAUGAGUUCACCAGCGGGCAAAAUAUAAUUCCAGAUAACUGCGCUAAAUGAUAUAUAUUUUUUUUUAAUAACGCAAUUGCGUUUGGUGCGUAAUAUUUUAUUUUCGGUAAUGAAAUUGUCUCAAUUUUGUGUUAAAAAAUAUUCGGUUUAAAAGUCGUUGGGAAAUGAGAAUAUUAAUAUAGUUCAUGGGUGUGAAAUAAAAAGUGUGCAGUGACGUAUCAUGAAGAAAAGGAGGGAGGGGGGGAAGGGGUGUAGCAAAAUUGGCAUUCUUAAAUUUGCGUAACUUGAGUUCACGCUUUUGUCAAGUAACUUUAGUAUAUGGGAAGUUCACACAUUGCUGUCACCAAUGUUUGGCGGGCUACAUCUCGCUUGCCAGCCAUGCGCACACCCGAACAAGUUUGCGGCGUAUGCUACGCCGAGGGUCGCCUAGUACAUUAUAUUUAAGUUUUAAAAACUGCCCUAGGUUUUUUUUUAUACAUUUAAUAAAUAUUUAUUAUAAUUAUUAUAUUAUUAUAAUAAAAUAUUUGUUAUAAAUAUUUUAAUGAAUCUUUGGUUUGUGCAUUUUCAAAAAUUGUUUUGAUAUUAAUUUCAAUGAAUUUUUUAAAAUCUACUUUAAUUAGGCUGAAAUUUAAUUUUUUAUUUAAAAAAUAUUCUUUUAAUACCUGUUCAUCAUAAUGAUACUUAGGUUGGAAGCCGCAAGUUAAAAAAAUAUGAAAAGGAGUACCAGACCAUUCAAGAACAAAGCAUGGCAAAAGAAGACCCUAUUGAAAGAUUUGAGGUAUUUAAUUUGGUUUUGUUUUAGCUUGUUUAUUUACAUUUUUCUCUUAAAUCAUUUUGCUGCUAUCAUAACUUGAGUCUCAAUAUUCUUGUCUUAUGACGAAGGGAAGGGGGGGGGUAAUUCAGAGAUAAUGUUAAUUAAAAAGAGGCAAGUUUAAAAAAAAAAAAGAAGAAGAAACUGUCAGUAUCAACAAAUAAUAAAAGUGGAGAAUAAUAAAUUUGACAAAAAUUCACUUUACAUUGACUACCAAUAAUCGAUUAUUAUGAAAUAUUUGCUGUCCAAAUUUCUCCUCAAAAUGGAUGCAUCACAUGCAUUCAUUGGUGACAUGCAUAUGCCUUUAUAAUUAAAUUCAUAAGUAACCUAUUCUCAACUAAUUCUAGUAUUAGAACUUGAACUUCAAGUAGUGCAAGCUCCAUUAUCGUAAUUAUCAGAAGCAUGAGUGUCAAAAAAUAUCUUCAAAAUCAAUUUUUACCUUAUUUUUCAAUGUAAGUGAAAAAAAUCUAGUUUAAAAGAGUUACCCCAUUUUAAUAAAAAAAAAAUUUUUAUUUUAUUGGCAAAAAUAUUAAUUUUAUUAUAGGCUAAUUAUAUCGGCUAUAAGUACUAUAACCAUAUAGCAGCAGACAGAAUAAAUUUUUUGCUACGCUGCAUAUACUGUUGCAAGCCUGCAUAUUACUGUUGCAAUAUCUGGCGACUUUAUUUAUUAAAACAAAAAGCAACAGCAUGAAAACAAUUAGAAAUCAAGGAUUUCAAAGAUUUUAGAUGACAAUGAGGCAUUUAUGAACUUAGGAGGAUAAUUAUUGCAGAAUUUUUGCAUAAAUGAAUGUACCCAUUCUGCCGAUUCCCUUCCCUACAUCUAAGUACUGUGUACACAAAAUAUUGUAAAUCAACACCCCAUCCUCCUCCACCCCAUCUCAGUGCAUAUGGAAUAUAUGGCUGGCCCUUACUUGUGUUUUAUAACAAAAUGUUGCUAUCUUGCACAAUAACUUGUCUUCUGUCAGAGAGAGAACAAACGUUUAAUAGAGGCAAAUAUGAGACUGGAGCAGGAGAAUGAUGACCUGGCCCAUGAACUAGUAGAGAGUAAACUCACGUUAAACAGUAAAAUUGAUCAUGUAAGUUAAACUCAUGUUAACAUUCAAAUGAUCUUGUAAGUUAAACUCAUAUUUAACUGACAAAAUGAACGUGUAAGUUGAUUUCAUGUUCAACAGUGCAUUUGAAAAUGUAGUUUUAAAGGCCCUAAUUCCAAUGAUCAGAGAGACUCAGACGUAUAUUUUUCUAUAGUCAAGUAUGUUUCAUGUUAACUUGGAAGCAGUUAUUCUAAAGCUAUGUACAAAAUGAAAUGAAAGACUAAUGGCAAUUUCUGUAGGAAUGCACUCUGAUAUUGUUCAAUUACUUUUCCAAGUUUGAUUGAAUCAUUUUGGCUCAUUAACUAUUUUCUUUCUUAUAAUUUUGUCUGAAUGUGUCAGUUGGAGGACAGAUGUUCUGAGUUGGAUAGAGACUUCAAGCACACCUCCAAUCUUCUGAGAGAGACAGAAGAUGAAAAGAAGAGGCUGGAUGCCGAAUCUAAAUCUGUGAGUAUCGUGUGGCGUAAUCGUGUGGCGUACGCCACGUCGGUGGGUUCAUUAGUUUUAACUUUAAACAUUUGAUUCUCAAACAGUCGUUUGUUGAUGUCAUAAGCAAUCUACUUGUUGAUUAGUCUGAUGAAAUACUUGAAUUACUUGUAAUUGUUUCUCCAGCUGAAGGAAAUGUGCCGCCGAGAGCUAGAGAGAGCUGAGGCAGAGUCGAAGAGAAAUUCAGCCAUAAUUACAGAUUACAAACAGGUAGAUGGAGGAUUAUAAACAAGUAGAUGAUGGUUGUCAUUGGGGACAAACAGUGGUGAUCUGUCUCACUAUAAAUUGUCAAUCUCUAUUGGCCAUGUGUGUGUGUGUGUGUGCAAGGUGGGGGGGAUGGGGUUGGGGGAAGAUUGACCUACUUGCUAGUCAUGUUUCAAGUAGGCAAGUAUAAAUCGACCUACUUGCUAGUCAUGUUUCAAGUAGGCAAGUAUAGAUUGACCUACUUGCUAGUCAUGUUUCAAGUAGGCAAGUAUAGAUCGACCUACUUGCUAGUCAUGUUUCAAGUAGGCAAGUAUAGAUCGACUUACUUGCUAGUCAUGUUUCAAGUAGGCAAGUAUAGAUCGACCUACUUGCUAGUCAUGUUUCAAGUAGGCAAGUAUAGAUCGACCUACUUGCUAGUCAUGUUUCAAGUAGGCAAGUAUAGAUCGACCUACUUGCUAGUCAUGUUUCAAGUAGGCAAGUGCUAGUCAUGUUUCAAGUAGGCAAGUAUAGAGUGACUUACUUGCUAGUCAUGUUUCAAGUAGGCAAGUAUAGAUCGACCUACUUGCUAGUCAUGUUUCUAGUAGGCAAGUAUAGAUUGACUUACUUGCUAGUCAUGUUUCAAGUAGGCAAGUAUAGAAUGACUUACUUGCUAGUCAUGUUUCAAGUAGGCAAGUAUGUGGAGUUGUCUGAAUGGAGAAACUGUUACAAAUUGAUUUUUUGACAGUGAAUCAGGUUUGACUGUAGAAACUUGUACCAAGUGAUGUGUUUUUAUGUUGAUAAGUUCCAAUAACAAUUUAUCCUCAGAUCUGUACACAGCUGAGUGAACGCUUGGAGAAACAACAGGCAACUUUUAAGGAAGAAUUGGUUAACAUUAAAGUAGGUCACUUCCCUUGCUCUGCUUUAAUUCAUGUCAAAGUGUCAUCUUUGUAAAUCUCAUGCCAUGAGUCAAAAUGUCCAUUGUCAUCUUUGUAACUCUUGUGCCAUGAGUCAAAAUGUCAAUUGUCAUCUUUGUAACUCUCGUGCCAUGAGUUAAAAUGUCAAUUUGUCAUCUUCGUAACUAAUUCCAUGAGUCAAAAUGUCAAUUGUCAUCCUCGUAACUCUCAUUCCAUGAGUCAAAAAGUCAAUUGUCAUCUUCGUAACUCUCAUUCUACUGCGACUCAGGUUCAGGUAAAGUCCUGUGAGAAAUGUUGCACAGUGUUCGAUGGUGACACCCUUAGACUGGUGGACAACUCUAGAGAGACACAGGAAGACCCUGAUAUAACAGAGCUACAGAAACAUGUAAGUCCACCCUCCCAAACAUGUAAGUCCUUCCUCCCAAACAUGUAAGUCCAUCCUUCCAAACACAUUAGUCCUUCCUCCCAAACAUGUAAGUCCAUCCUCCCAAACAUGUAAGUCCAUCCUCACAAACAUGUAAGUCCUUCCUGCCAAACACGUAAGUCCUUCCUCCCAAACAUGUAAGUCCUUCCUCCCAAAUAUGUAAGUCCUUCCUCCCAAACACGUAAGUCCUUCCUCCCAAACACGCAAGUCUUUCCUCCCAAACAUGUAAGUCCUUCCUCCCAAACAUGUAAGUCCAUCCUCCCAAACAUGUAAGUCCUUCCUCCCAAACAUGUAAGUCCUUCCUCCCAAAAGAAUGAACCCAUUUAAAAUUUGGGCUUAAAGAAUUAUCAUUCUGUGCAGCCUUGAGUGGCUGAGGUGAAUGUAAAUUUUAAAAAAUGUCAGAAUUCAUUGAUAUUAGUAUUAGAUUAGGUGAAAAACAUUUGUUGGAUGAAAGGGUUCAGUAAAAAUAAUGAUAAGAGCUAUGUAUGUCAAUGAGCACCAUUCAUUAAUCAUUCUUAAGAGCUUUUGCAAACUGCGAUCUUGUGCCCUGUCCUGAAAGUGGGGGUGGGGGGGGUUAUGAUAGCUCAAUUGUACUACGUUGUAUGUACACAAAGAGAGGGGGGUGUCCAAAAGGUGUGGGUGCAAUAGGGGGGGGAAUGAAAUUGACUUUUAAAAAGAAAUAUAAUGUGAACCCCUAACUUUAAGUAGCAUUUCUUACCAUAAAUGUUUCAUAUUGGACAUGGUAAUAUGUGGUAGAUAAGUUAUAUCAAAAUCCCAAAGAUAUAUUGACAUUGGAUUCUCAUCCCCCUUAUUUAAAUCUUGUGACACAGCUGUGAACUUUUGGCACCAAACAUUUGACACAGCCUAGCUAAAACAAACCCUGAUAAGCUCAAGAGGUGUCAAAACUUAAGUUAGGUAGAGAUGCCCUAGUUAAGGUGUUUGGUUGAGAUGCACUAGAUGAUGUGUUUCGUAGAGAUGCCCUAGAUAAUGUGGUAGAGAUGACCUAGAAAAUGUCCAAUAAAAACUAUUUUCCAGGUUAGAGAACUCGAACUAGAGUUGGCUCAAACUAAACUUGCCCUAGUGGAGUCAGAAUGUAAGACACAGGACUUGACCCACCAGCUCAAUGCCGCAGUCACAGAGAUCACUGCCAACAAGAACACCUGGUUCCACAAGACGCUCAGCUCUAUCAGGGAUGUUGCUUCCACCAAGAAGGACCCCAAGGAUUGAUUCAUAAAUGUGUUGAGUAUCAAAACAGUAGAACAGAGCCAUCUGCUCUGUGCCAGCGAGUGAAAAAAUGAAAUGAGAAGAUGACAUUUGUUUGCCAUCCUUGUUCAGGGGAUACCCUGAAACCUAUGUUUGCACUUUAGGUUGAGAACCUCUAAUCUAACUUACGCUGAGAAAAGAAGUGAAUAAUCUGAGUUGCAAAAUACAAGGUGUGAAUCAAAGAUUCUUUUGUUUUGUUUAUAAAUAGGUCUGUAUAUGGUGUGUCUUAAAUAAUGCUGUACAUUGCACUUUUUAGUGUUGAAAUAGACAUUGACCAGAAAAGCUGAGUGUGUAUCUUGCAUAAUUGAAAUAAGGGGCUUCAGACAAUGGUGGGCGCAAUGCCUGAACUUCCCAUCUACUUAAGUUACUUGACAAAACAUGCAUUCAAGUAACGCACUUUGUAAUAAUCCCUAUUAGUGCUCUCUCUCUAUAUAUAUAAUAUAUAAUCCCCUCCUCAAAUCCAGGCUCACACCAGCACAACUUUAACGCCCCUGAACUAUAUUAAUAUUCUAAUGUCCCACCCCCUUUUAUGCUGCAAAGAAAAGAAAAUAUUACGCACCAAACACACAUCCGGUAUAUUUAAUAAUCUCAUUUAGCGCAGUUACCAGGGAUUUCAUUUAGUGAAAUCAGCGCUAUCUGGUAGGGAUGGUGACAUUGUUAUAUAGAGAAUUUUGUAUCAAAAUAUAUCAUUCUAGAAAACUUUGGAAUUUUGAUAGUUCUUCUUGAUGUUUUUUGUAAUGUUUUAUAAAAAAAAUCAAAUGAAAAAAAAAUGGGUUGGCUGUUUUCUUGUUUUUUUCCCCCAGUUUCCUCCAAUUAUUUUUAACUUGAAUUUAAAGGAAAAAUAUUGUGAAAACAAGAUCAAACCGAUGUUCUUUUGUUUGGAGUAGUUCAGCCUGUUUUUGUUAUGAGAUGUGAAUGUUGUUAGUUUUCAUAUUAUUAAGAGAGGGCUAGAAUGAUGAGGCAAAAUGGUUAUUUGAUCUGGUGAAACGAGUCCAUUCUGAAUGGUACAAUUUAAUCUUUAAUUUUAUCACUUGUAACAAAAAUUGUUCUUUUAAUAGAACAAUUAAAGUACGGUAGGAGUCUUGUCCUUAUGAUGUAGUCUUUUUGCAUAAUUAAAAGAGGGCCAGGCAGACAUUUGGCCCCCUAAUUAUGCUGCUCUGUUCAUUGCAGUGCAUUUAAAACAAAUCUAGAAUUUUUUUUUAGAAGGAAAAUGUAAGUAGUCUGAAAGUAGUUGGACAAUUGGCUUUUGUUUACCAAAAAUAUCUUAUUUACUGUGAUUACACCAUUAUCCAAUUUUCCUUUAUGAAAUUUUUAUGGGUUAUGUUGAAACUUAUAUCAACAACCUAUUCCAAAUCCACUGGAUGCUCUAAAUAAUGAUAGCCACAUGUGUUGUCAAAUGAAAUCUCCAGUGAAUAUAUAAGUUUUUAAAAAAUAAUUUAGUAACAACACCCCACACACACUCCUUUUUUCCCAUUAAAUAUUUUUUUAAACUGUUGGAGAAAAUUGACUUCCCUGUCCAACACUAACACUCUUGACAGUGGUUCAGUCCAACACUAACACUCUUGACAGUGGUUCAGUCCAACACUAACAGUGGUUCAGUCCAACACUAACAUUCUUGACAGUGGUUCAGUCCAACACUAACACUCUUGACAGUGGUUCAGGGCAACACUAGCACUCUUCGGGGUGUCCAUACAGGGUAGGGAGGAGGCUGUAGAGAACCCUUGUUCCAUUCAAAUUCAAUUCCACGUCACACUGACAUUUUUAAUUCCAGGGGAGGUAAUCUGGCUUUCCCCAAAAAAGGAACAUUCCCCCAGCCUGUAUUGUUAUCUUGAUUGUCAUUGUCUGGUUUGUAAUUUUCACAUUAAUUUCUUAAUAUAACAUAAAUUGACUACAUAUCUAUUCCCCUUCAGUGUUCACAGUGGGCUGUUUGUCAGCUGUACACACUCAUUGUAUUUGUGAUGAACUCAUUUUAUUUUGUUCCACUAUCUCAUGUAUUCUUUCAAACGUUUGAAUGAAGUUGUCAAAAUAGGUGGAAAUGAGACAAAUUUGAUUGAAAAAAUCCUUCUCUCCCCCCCCCCCCC